AUGGUUCGGUGGAUGGAGGGCUCACGCGUUGCUCUCCUAUGCCUCUUGCUCCUAUUUAUCUUCCUCACCCCCGAUCAGCCUAACCAAAACCGUCUUCAACGUCGCCUUGACAAAGUCAACGAACAGCGUCAGGUUGAACUCGAUAUAUUGUUCAACUCGUCCUACGGUCAGUUCGAUCCGAAAACGAAUGGCUGGCUGAACCUCACCGGUUUUCACGAGCACGAUGGGUAUCGGUGGGAGUGGCUUGGGACAGCCCAAGAGCUGAGUCAGAAGCAAUUUGAGCGGGCUUGGACGGGCAUUGAUCUGAACAAUGACCUCCCAAUCUAUGACAAGGUCACCGGAGAGAUUCGAGGGAAGGUAUUUCGACAAGACAUCCCGGCGUCGGCUCAUUCUCUCAACCUGACCGCUCUCGAGCCCAAGAAGGACUAUAUGUCGGCCAAGUUCGAGAGAAACAUCACGGAGAAAGAGAGCGAGCUCGGUUUGUCCAUCUAUGACUCUCAAGAACGGCCGCGCCACGAGGCUUCAGCCAUCAAAGCUGAUCUCUCCAUAUGGACCAAAUCUUCCCCGGGCAAUGGCUGGCUUGCCCAUGUCCAAGGCGUCCAUUUCCCAUCUGGUCAAAUUAUCAUGACCACCACCAGCUCCAAAUUUAACUCGUUGCCAGCAUUCCCCCAUUUGGCACUCAAUGCCGAUGGUUUCCAUGCUACCAAAUCCAUCAUGAACGAAACGAUACACAAACUUCAGAAGACCUCCGACGACGGACUAGAUGGAUUCGCCUUUGCCCCACAGUGCGAGCUCAUUGUUUGGUUGCAGCCGCUCCCUCACCAAUUCGACGGUCUGACUCCGAUCCAGACACGUGAAUUCCUUCAACAGGUUGAACAGGAGCUCCAACAGCCAGAAGGGGCGCCCAUUGGCCCGCCACCGCCCCUGGCGUUCUCGGCGGUCAUAUUCUCUCCGGAUUGUGGCUACAUUCUUGGAUCCGAUUCCAUCUUUGGACCCAAGGUCGAGACAUACUGGGCCCUGGCACAACGGCUGUUGUUUUCGUUCAUCAUGGUCGUUGGUCUGCAGAUCGCCCUUUUGAAGCGCCAGAUGGAGAAGGCGGCCACACCGUCGACACGAAGCCGCAUAGCGUACAACACGAUCGUCAUUGCCGCCCUGGGAGACGGUUUGUUUCUGUUUGCCCUGAUUGCUCUCCUCAUGAUUGACGAGGCGGCGUUCCUCAUGGUCGCUUCAGCGGCCUUUCUCUCCUGUAUUCACGUGGCAUUUCUGGAAGUGAAGUUUGUCUUCGACAUAUGGACGGUUCAGGUGGAUGCAGAACGUGAAAGACAAAUUCGAGAGGCCGCCCAUUCCGCUCCCGCUCCUCCGGCCGCGCCGACCACCACUCCUGCAUCAGAAGCAAAUGAACCCGACCGUCGGGCUCCCUCCGCUCCGUCUCCCGAACGGCCAGCACCAGAUGCAGAUGAAUCAGCCGGUCUUCCUCUUCCGGCCACGGCGCCGCGACCAGAAGACGCCACGCCGAUCAUUAUUCCGUCGGACCAGGACACUCCCGUGCCAGCGCGAGAUCCCCGCCGGCGGUCAUUUGCACAGAUGUAUAGCAGAUUCUACUUCUCCCUCGUCAUGCUCAUGUUUUUUUCACUGUGGGCGAUGUCAUGGCCACGAGCCUUACGUUCGGCUUAUGCGAACUUCCUUGUCUUCUGCUACUUUUCAUUCUGGUGGCCGCAAAUUUACCGCAACAUCAUGCGAAACUGUCGCAAGGCUCUGAGCUGGGAAUAUGUUCUUGGAUCCAGCGUCCUCCGAGCCGUCCCGGUUCUUUACUGGUAUUUCGCGGAUCACAACAUCCUGUCCAUCGACCCCAGUCCUCCCACGGCUGUGAUCAUGCUAGGCUGGCUGUGGCUUCAAGUCGCCCUUCUUGCCAGUCAACAAUUUCUCGGCCCUCGUCUUCUGGUGCGCGAUUCGUGGUGUCCACAAGCCUACGAUUAUCACCCGAUUCUCCGCGAGGACGACGUGGAAGCAAAUGGCAUGUCCCUCGGUCUCUUAGCCUCGGCAUCGGAGGCCAAGGACAAAGAUGAUAAGACUCGAAAGGUGUUUGACUGUGCCAUUUGCAUGAACGAGAUUGAUGUUCCCGUUUUAUCCCAGACCGAUGGCGCCGGGGGCGGAGCGGCCUGGCUGGAGCAGAGGAACUACAUGGUCACGCCUUGCAGACACAUUUUUCACGCCGAAUGCCUGGAGGGUUGGAUGAAUCUGCGACUCGUUUGUCCUGUGUGUCGAGAGGCAUUGCCACCAUUGUAG